AUGCUUUUGGCCACCUCAAGAAUUAAAACAACGUCAAAUGACAUCGAAACAUCAGAAACUGUGAAUCAACAAUACCUUCACUCUCGUUUCACACCUCUACACUAUGCUUCUUACUCGGGACACACAUACACAGUUCAUCUCUUACUGAAUCACACAGGCAUCAAUGUCAAUAUCAAAGACAGUGAUGGUAACACACCUCUACAUCUGGCAGUUCAAAACCAACGCUAUGAUGUGGUGACUUUGCUGCUGUCCCAGGACUCAGUUCAAUUAGAUAUCAAGGGCUUUCAUGAAAGGACACCCUUCCUACAUGCUGUCAGACAGGGGCAUCUUGGAAUUAUAAAUGAAUUGAUAGCCAGGGGUGUGGAGGUAAAUGCUGUUGACUCUGCUGGCGAAAAUUGCCUGUUCUCAGCUUUGGGAAGAAAUGCCUUUCAUUCUGAGAAGGAGCACAUAGCUCUUUUAGAUAAGUGCUGCACUGAGCUCAAACGAAGCAAAGAUAAUAGGCUCUCUGGUGUGGUGGUUGCUUGCUAUCUAGCCCGCCAGGGUGCCGACUUUUACCAUAAAAAUAGCAGAGGAAAUACACCGCUGGACUACAUUACCAAUCAAGCUUUGAAAGAAAAAUUACAAACAUUUUUACAAUCACGAUUCAAAAUUAUCCACAAAGUGGCCAGGUUUAUGUUUAACCUUCUUGAAGUUAUCUGUCAUGUGUUUGUGGCUAGAUCUUUGGAGACCACUUUGGCUGACAUUGCUAUUAAGAAAAUAAGAAGAAUAUUGGUCAGUGAAAUCUACAAAGAGUCCAAUACUGAAGGAGAAGGAUCUCCUGAGAGUGGCUAA